GGUGGCGGCGGCGGUGGUCGCGGUGGAAGCAGUGGCGGCGGCGGACGUGGCGGCUCGGGAUCGUAAGUAUAUUGUUCUCCUCUCCGCGCUUUCAUUUCCUUACCAGAGCCGUCCUGGAAUGAGUAGGGGUAGAGGCGGUUCCGGCUCCAGCGGUAAUUCCGGCUCGAGCGGGGGAUCUAGCUCUCCGGGUCGAGGCGGUUCCAACUCGAACGGGAGAACCGGCAGCAGCGGGGCAUCUUCGCCAGGGCGUGGUCGAACCACCCCGGCUCCAGCCUACGGCGGCGGGCGAUUCUACGGUGGCGGUGCGGCCAAGCCGUACACGGCCGGCCGUUCAUCGCCGUCGGGCAUUGCUCCCGUGUUUCUCGCCGCUGGUGUGGGGCUCGCCUUCUGGCCCGGCGUGUGGCUCUACGGCGCGCACAGAUACCAUUAUGAACGGCCUUACACCUUCUUCAACUCAACCACCCAGCGGACAGAGAGCAAGCCUGUGGACUGCGCGUGCUCCCCCCGAGGCGACUGCGGCUGCGAUGAGAACAACGACAAGCAGUACCUGGACGACUUGAUCGGCGACGGCAGCUACGCCGGCCUCAACAAGUCGCUGAUCAACGUCGCCGACGUGGACGGCAGGAGCACCAUUCUGCUCAACGGCACGCUGCCCCAGGGGACUGCCGCCGAGUUCGCGAGCGUGAACGGUGCCGGUGACGGUCUGCGCGGUCUGAUCCGCCACGCUGGCUGGUGGCCGGUUGUCGCGACCGCUUGCGCCAUCGUCUUCACGGCAUAAGAAUCGACGGUUCUGGUUGGGCUUUGGUUGUGUUUGGAAUUGCUUUUUUGACAACUGCUUUUUUGCCUACCACAUAUUCUUCAUGUUGGUUCUGGUUUUUUGGAGCUGGUUAUACCAUUGAACACGGGGCGGCGUUUCGGAGCAGAUUCAUGAAUACCUCAUCGUUGCGCCUUGAUUUAGAGAUGGCCGACCCGCAUCACGGUACCAUACUGAGCGGGUAGCAGCGGAUAGUGUAGAUAGGUUGAUAAUGAUUAUUGUAUGAUUAUAUUCACUGC